AUGGGUUAUCAACCAGAUUAUGACAAUCCCGCAUUGCAAGCGUUAGCUAGCGAUAUGCACGCUAACCUUGGUUGUUAUUUAAUUGGAUGUGUACUCAACCUCAUCCUGAUGGCUAUUCUGGGAAUGCAAUGUCUAGAUUAUUACAAGUUCGAGAUGCUUUAUCACCCAUUCAUCAACGGCUUUGGAGAUCUCAGAGUCUGGGACGACACUAGAUGGACGUGGUGGUCAGAGCCAGUUGUCUCAUCCGUCAUUGCUGUCUUGUGUCAAGCAUUCUUCUUGAAUAGAUGUUGGAGAGUCACAAAAUCCUGGGCAGUCCUUGUUGUCGCUUUGAUCGGUAUGACUGCAGCAAUCGGUUUCGGUAUUGCCUGCACAUACUUCCUUUCGGUCUACGUCUACUUUACAAACUCUAACGCUAUCGCAUCCAAAAUCUGCGCAAGUUCAUGGCUAGCUUUCUCAACUGCGACAGAUAUUUGGAUUUCCAUGUUCUUGGUUAUCCAUUUGGCUCGUGAAAGAAAACGCCAUACUGGAUUCUCGACAACAGACCGCAUUAUCGCAUCUGUUCUAGCAUACACCCUUAAGACAGCUUCAUUAACAAGUAUCUGGGUGGUUAUCAACUUGAUUCUUUAUUGUGGUGUUACCACGAAUUUUGCGUGGAGUAUCUUCCAGUUCAAUAUGGGUAAGGUUUACAGUAUCUCAGUACUUUACACAUUACUCUCCAGAAUUGAUGUCCGUAAGAUUCUCUCCGUGCACAACGUACAAGUUAGUUCCUCAAAAGGCCGUACUGCUGAUAAUGUGCACACCAGCUCCGCUAUCCACAUCCGUACGGAAGUUGAACGUGACUAUGAACUUGACGACAAAGCGAUUUCAUCAAGACUUUCACCAAUCGCACCACCGCUUCACAGGGAUGCAUCCUCGUCGAACAAUGUUUCGGAUUCUGAAGCAGACGCUGAGCUCGGUUUUGGUCACAAAGGACCACAGGAUUCUAUUGUUGAUGACGAUCGUUCAACUAGAGCUUUGAGGUUAAACACCAACGCGCCAUUUUAA